AACUUUCAUAACCUCAAACAUUGACAGUCGGUCAGACGCUUUUCGCGGUCAUUUCACGUGUUUUCCAUAAUAUUUUUCUUAUUUUCACGUUUAUUUUGUAAAGUACCGAAUAAAAUGGCCAGCGAUCUGGAACAGAAAAUUAUCCGACAAGUGCACUACUAUUUUGGCGACAUAAAUUUGCCUCGUGACAAAUUCCUACAAGAAAAAAUCAAGGAAAAUGAAGACGGUUGGGUACCUCUGGAGGUGAUGCUUAAGUUUAAAAGGUUAGCAAGUCUUUCGGAAGAUUCCAAAGUUAUCGCUGAAGCCCUAGAAAAGUCGGAGGAGAAAUUAGUGCUUGUCAACGAGGAUAAAACACAAAUCAAGAGGAAUCCUGAAAAACCCCUCCCCGCAAACAAUGAGGAACACAUUAAAAAGUUACAAGAACGUUCAGCGUACGCCAAAGGUUUUCCUCUGGAUACAGAACUAAACGAGAUCAUAAACUUUAUGGAAGAAUAUGGUCCAGCAGAGUCAGUUAUUCGCCGCACAGAUUCAAACCACAAAUUCAAAGGAUCAUGCUUUAUUGUCUUCAAAGAUGUUGAAACAGCCAAGAAGUUUGUUGAACUUGAAAGUGUUAAAUUUAAAGACAACGAGCUUCUUAGGAAAAUGCAGCAAGACUAUCACAGUGAUAAGAAGAAAGAAAUUGAAGACAGGAAGAAGCAGAAUAAGGAAAAGAAACAGGCAUUGGUAAAUGAGCAGGCUCAGAAAAUUCAAUUUCCCAAUGGUGCUGUAGUGCAAUUUACUGGUAUCGCUGAAGGAAAAAAUUUGACUAGGGAGGAAAUUAAGGAAAAAUUAAAAGAAGUCAGUGGCUUCGAAGUUGUUUAUAUUGAUUUCAAUAAAGGUGAUACUGAAGGGUAUGCCAGAUUUUCGAAGGAAAAUAAUGCAGUUGAUUUUGUUAAAAAACUGACAGAUGGAGAGGUCGAAGUUGCAGAGAGCAAACUAAAGGUGAAGGCUCUGGAAGGUGAUGAAGAAAAGGAAUACUUAAAGAAGACUUCAGAGGCAAUGGCCUCUCAAAGGCAAAAGCAGAAAAACUCAAAGAAGCGUAAGGGUGGAAACCAUGGUGGAGGCAGAAAUGCCAAACAUGCUAAGAGAGGUUCAGAAAAAGAAUAAUUAAUCAAUUUAAUAUUGCCUGAUUUUGUUUUAAUUAUUAAUAAUAAUUAUUAUUUUUGUACAAGAUUACUUAUUUGUGUUAUUAAGUAUUGCUUUUAGCACAUAUGUUUGAAUGCUAAAAGAGUAUUGUUCUAUAUGAAAUGUUUAUAAAGUUUUGACCAUCAAUUUGGAAUACAUAUAAUUACGUGAA